UUAUUUUUUGUAUUUUUUGUAAGAAUACUGGUGAGGUUUUUGGCAGUUUUCCUUACCCUUGCAACAAAUGUUGGUAUUCUCUGAGAUUCUGCCAAAAAUAAAAUUUUAUUUUUGUUUAUAUUAAAAUGUUUUUUUAAUUAAUUAUUUUAUUACCCUUUCCUUUUUCAGUUUAUUUAUAUUUUAUUUAUAAUAUAUGUGUUUAUUUUAAUAUUUAAUAUUUUUAUAAUAGAUUUUUAACAAUUAUUAGAUAUUUUUGUGCGGGUGAUUAAUGGUACUUCUUUUUGGUCAACUAAGCACUGUACUGAUACCGCGUUUGCACGCAUGCGCGAAAAAACCCGGCCCGGACAACAAUACUGCAAUAAGGAUGAAGAUGAUCCACCGACUUCUGGUCCUUCAUCUACAACAAUAACCUCAAAAUCAGAACCUCAUCAGACACAGCCUACUUUACAAUCUGUCAUUAAGAAAAAAGAAAUGUGGUCUUUGGAUGAUCCAAGAUCAAUGAACAUAACCAAAAAGAUAUGUGAAAUGAUAGCUCUUGAUGCUGAAGCAUUCGUAUUAGUUGAGCGAAAAGGAUUUUAAAGAUUAAUGAAGUGUUUGGCACCGCAGUAUCCCCUACCUUGCAGAACGUAUUUUUCUGAAAAAAUUAUGCCACAGCUGUAUGAAAAAUUGAAAACACGUAUUCGUGAAAAAUUAACUACUGCAAUAAAUAUAUCGUUUUCCACCGAUAUCCGGACUUGUUCAGCAAACAAUGAGGCAUUCAUAAGUCUGACAGCUUAUUUCGUACGAAGUGAUGAUAUGCGGAGAGAAACAUAUGUUCUCAAUGCGAAACAUUUUCCCGGUAGCCAUACUGGCGUCAAUAUCGGUCAGAUAUUAAAUGAUGUAAUGGAAGAAUGGCACAUAAGCUCUAGUCAAAUUCACUUAAUUUUAAGGGAUAAUGCCCCUAAUAUGAUUGUCGGAACUAGUAUAUUAGGAGAGAAUGUAGGAUGUUUUAUUUACACUGUACAACUCGUGAUGCACGAUUGCAUUUUUAAAAAUCGAAAUUUCGUUGAAAUUUUGGGAAAACGUCGAAAAAUUGGACAUUUUAGCCAUUCUUCACUCGCUUGCUCGAAACUCAGUAGCAUCCAAGAAAAUUUGAAGUUGCCAAUUCAUAAAUUAAUCCAGGAUGUUACAACACGAUGGAACUCCACAUUUUAUAUGUUGUCAAGACUUCAUGAACAACGACAAGCAGUAACUGCAUAUGCUGCGGAAAGAGAUAUACCAAUCCUUACAGAUUUGCAAUGGAGUAUGGUAGAAAACGUUAUACGUGUUCUUCAACCAUUUGAGGAAAUUACUAAAAUAACAAGUUCUGAUUGCGAGACAAUUGGAUACGUUAUUCCGGCAAUUGUUACUCUAUAUUCGUAUCUUUCAAAAUGACAAAAGGAUGCUGGAAUAAUUGAAGGAACAGCUCAAGAAAGCGAUAGAAGAACGAUUUUUUGAUUCU